AAAUCCCCAAAAUGUAAACAAUCAACAUGUAAGACGAAAUCAGAGUUAAUCCUCGAAAAUCAUUCAUAACCUCGAAACUAAAAAAAGAAAAAGAAGCAAAUCAGUAAAAUGGAUUUAGAUCCAGAUUACAAUCCCCGUUUCAAAGCCAAAAUCAACACAAAAUGGGUAGCCACAGUAGCUAGCAUAUGGAUCCAGUGUACCAGCGGUUCACUCUACACCUUCGCUAUUUACUCUACUGUUCUCAAAUCAACCCAAGGUUACGACCAAUCAUCCCUCGACCUUGUUUCGGUCUUUAAGGAUGUCGGGGCCAAUGUCGGAAUCCUUUCCGGUCUCCUCUACACAUCAGUCACCUCCACGCGCCGCCGUUGCGGUGGGCCAUGGGUGGUGUUACUUGCCGGAGCUAUUCAGUGUUUUGCUGGGUAUUUUCUUAUGUGGUUGACAGUUGUUGGGGUUUUGCCUAAACCGCCUUUAUUGGUUAUGUGUCUUUACAUGCUUUUAGCUGCUCAUGCUAUGACUUUCUUCAAUACGGCUAAUGUUGUAACUGCUGUCCAUAAUUUCCCUAAUUAUAGAGGCACCACUGUUGGCAUCAUGAAGGGCUUCCUCGGGUUGAGUGGAGCAAUACUAAUUCAAGUAUAUCAGACAAUCUUUAGAAACAAGCCCACUGCAUAUCUUCUGUUGUUGGCAUUGUUGCCUCCUAUUACCACUCUGUUACUUAUGUCGUUUGUAACAAUCUCGCAAACAACUGAAGAUGAUCAGAAGAAGCAUCUGAAUGGUUUAUCAUUGAUUGCUUUGGUAAUGGCUACUUAUCUCAUGGCUGUUAUCAUCGUGGGAAACAUCUUCUCUUUACAAAUGUCUGUUCGCAUCACUAUUUUUACUGUACUCAUUUUCUUGCUGCUUUCCCCGAUCUCUGUUGCAAUCAGGGCCCAGAAGGAAAAGUCUUAUAGAAUAAUUAAAUACUUACUCGAGCAAAACUCACCGGAGGAUGAGCAAAAUAGAUCUCAGGCACAUUUUGUGGACAUGGGGCCAAGUCAUGGUAACUAUGACGAGUUGCCUGCUGGUGCUGAUCAAGAGAGAGAUAUGAAUGAGAGGAAGACUCCAGAAUGGGGGGAAAACAUGAACCUUUUUCAGGCAAUGUGCACCACUGGAUUUUGGUUUUUGUUUGUCACCACUGCAUGUGGAAUGGGCUCUGGGCUGGCCACCGUUAAUAACAUUAGCCAGAUAGGAGGAUCACUUGGAUACACAAUCUUAGAGACAAACACUCUAGUUUCUCUAUGGAGCAUCUGGAAUUUUCUUGGUCGCUUUGGGGCUGGUUAUAUCUCAGAUUAUUUCCUAUGCUCACUAGGUUGGUCUAGACCACUAUUUAUUGUUGUUACUCUGGCUAGUAUGACUGUUGGUCAUGCCGUGAUAGCAUCUGGUCUGCCUGGUGCUUUGUAUGCCGGCUCUGUUAUAGUUGGUAUUUGUUACGGAUCACAAUGGUCACUAAUGCCCACAAUUGCUUCUGAGAUAUUUGGUGCAGUGCAUCUGGGAACAAUAUUUAACACCAUAACUGUAGCAGGCCCUGUAGGAUCUUAUGUACUGUCUGUCUGGGUAGUUGGAUACAUCUACGAUAAAGAAGCAUCGGAUGAUGGGAACAUGUGUACUGGAACUCACUGCUUCAUGUUAUCCUUCUUUAUCAUGGCAGCUUCCACUUUGUUUGGGGCUCUUGUGGCCUUGGCUUUGUUCCUUCGGACAAGAAACUUCUACAAUAAUGUUGUUUACAGAAGGGUUGCAAAUACCAUUACCCGUUAGUUCUCGUUGAUGCAUACAGUUGAGGAAGAUAGCAGUUGAACGCCCUUAGCAACAGCUCCCUGUAACAUAGUGUACGCAGUUCUACACAAUUAGGUUGGUAGGAGGUUAACUGAUUACCAACUUUGUAACGUAUGAAAUAUCUAUGGACCUGUAUCAGUAUGAAUUUGAAGUUUGGAUAACCAAGGGCACUAUAUUUUUCAGAAUCAGACGCGGAAGGAGGAGCAUUUUUCUCAGGUAUCCUCCAUGUUGCUUCUCUGAUUAAGGUACACAUUUGGGGGUUAUUCAGGUUUGAAUCUUAGAACAAUUGAGAUCAGAUAGAUAAUAGUGUGGAAUUCAGUUUACAGUAUUAAACUGCAAGGUGAAAAAUGUACUCUAGGGCACCCUUAUAAAUUGUAAGAUAUUAGAUAGGAAAUUGGAUGCAAUUGCUAUCUGAAUGUCUUAUGUAUGGUAUGAGUUGGAGAUGCAUUUCAAACUUUUAAAAAAACUAACAGCAGUCCACAUUUUGCAGGGCAUA